AUUGCGAUUCCGUUUCAUUCUUCUGGGAAAGAUAAGUUUCUAAAAGUUCUCCAAACACUGCAAAAUAAAAUGGAGUAUCGCUAAAUCAUGGGUCAGUCAAGCUCAUUCAAGAGUGUGGUCUUGAAUGUUAUUGUCAGAUGUCUGCUGGAGGUUGCAGAUUUAAUACUAGAUUGGGAUUUCUUCAUUGAAGUAAAUAAAAAAGACGAAGACAGCAUCAUCAAUGUUAAAUGGGCAAUCUUAGCGUUUGCAAUCUUUGGUACUGUCAUGUUUCUCACAAAUUUGAUUGCGUUUUGCGUUAGGGUCUACACUAAAAGAAAAGAGGAGGUAAUUUCAGAUGAAUUCUACGAAGGUGCAAAGACAGCCUUAUCCAUCAUCUCAGGCAUUUGUACGUGGAUGGAAGAUCUUCCACAGAUAUUGCUGGCUGUUGUUGUGGCAGUUAAAACAACAGACCUGAUCUCCGAUGUACAAUUAGUGAAAGCCUGGUAUGCUUUGGUGGAAGCAUUAUUGCAAAUUGCUUUGAACUUCAAAGAACUUCAACUGUGUUCUAGUGAAAGACCAGUGGGUUGCAAACGUGGGCUCGUAGUCUUUAAUCUCAUAGGAUCUAUUCUCAUACUUUUUGUCACUGUUUUUUUACUGACAGAACUUCAUCAGGAUAACUUUAAGGAAAUUACCAUGAAGACCACAAAUUAUACAACCUCCCCAAAUAUCGAGAAUAUGACUUCCUUGUUUAUCUAAAGCCCAGUGAAAAAGUGUAUUGUAGUCAAGUUCAACUACUGUAGAAGUACUUUUUUCCGCGUGGUAUUAAUUUACACUAUGUAUGCGGGAACAAAUUUUCCGCGGAAAUUGUCCUGGCGUACUUAAUAUAAAAUUAAUGUAAGGCAUAUAGUAACAGGCUAAGAAAUCCGCGUAAUUUUCUACCCGCGGAUUAAACAGAAAUUGAGAUUCCGCGGAAUUAUGACCCCGCGGAAAAAAGUACGUCUACAGUAAUUUCAAAUUCAUCAUCUACAUAAGGUCUUUUUUGAUUUAUACAUUUUUUAGCAAAAGAAAACAUUCAUCAUGCAGUUCAUUUAACCACUGGACAAUUGCAAUACCAUGGCCCUAAUUUUUACGUUGUGUUAUACUGGUUGAAGAUACCAGACCAGUUAACAAAAUUGUUAAAUUGUUAUUCAUAAGAAAAAGAAGGAUGUGGGAAAACUUCUGAACAAAAAGGACUACAUGUAAUAGUGUUUGGAAAAUUCAGUGUUAUUUUAGAGAUGUAAAGACGAUAUAGAGACGAUGGUGAAAUCAAACAAAUUCUGCUGCCGGAAAUUCUUAAAGACAAAGUGUUGGAAAGUGUGCAUGACCACGCAAAACAUCAAGGUGUGGAAAGUACAUUGGCAUUACAACGGAAAAAAGGCGUUCCUGGUUACGUUACGAAUGACUCAGGAUGUUCAGAAGUGGUUGAAAGUUGCACGAUUGCAAAGCACCGAUGCCAAGAGCCAGGACGCCAAUUGGGAGUCUCAUUACAUCUCGUCCCAUGAAGAUACAUUCUAUUCGAAAAGUCAACAGAUGGCCGGGAAAACGUGUUUAUCAAUGUGAACAUGGGGAAAACGUGGUGAUGAUACAUAUACUCUCAAAAUUAAACCAGGUAGUACAAACAAGGGACCAGAAAGCUGUGUCAGUUGUUUAAGAGAUUGUUAAGGAAUGCUUUGUGUGAUGAAACAUUUGGAGAUAACAUACAUUACUCAAGAUCAAGGUCCAUAAAACAAUACAAAAUAGGAGCAGAGCAAACACAGACCUCCGAAACAUCAUAGUUGGGAUCAGGUGCAAAGGAGGAGUGAGCAUCCCCUACCGUGAUAUUGACUACCGCACCGUAGACACAGUGACCGGGGGAUAAAUUUUGAAAGUCAUAUAAUACAAGAAUUGUGUAAGAUUUAUGGUGUAGAGAAAUCAAGAACUACCCCCUAUCAUGCUUAAGGUUAUGGAAAGUGCAUACGAUUUAAUCCGACUAUGCCCGAUCAACUACGCACUCACUCCUGAACAGAAGAAGAGAUGAACCGAAUAUCUUCCGUGGCUUCUUUAUCUAUAAUACCACUUUACUGUGAAUAUGUCAACUGGAUGUUUUCCUUACUUUUCUUUAGCCGUGAACCGAUAAUUUCCAUUGAUUUCAUUCUCGGAACUAAUUUAGAGUCGGAGUCUGAUGCUUUCUCCACAGACCCAUGUACGGGUAAACGUAAGAAAA